UCCACGCCUCCUUAACCUUAUAACGCUCGGUAUAUAUUCAUUUCAUCGCGAUGACUACACUAAAGGGCCCCGGCGAGGCGAAGACCUAUGAUGGAUCUGGUCUGCGGAUUGGUAUCAUUCACGCGCGCUGGAACACAAAGAUCAUCGAUGCGCUGCUCGACGGGACGAAGAAGGCGCUGAAGGCCGCAGGGGUCAAAGACGAGAACAUUGUCCUGCAGAGUGUGCCGGGGAGCUACGAGCUGCCGUAUGCGGUGAAGCAGCUCUACGCGGCCUCGCAAGCUCAAGCCUCCUCCUCCACCGUCAUCGGUGCCGCUGCCGACCUCCUCGGCUCCGUCUCCGACCUCUCCACCGAGCCCUCCAAGCCCAUCUCCUCCACGCUUUCUACGCCCUUCGACGCCAUCAUCGCCAUCGGCGUGCUCAUCAAGGGCGAGACCAUGCACUUCGAGUACAUUGCGGACGCGGUCAGCCACGGGCUCAUGCGCGUGCAGCUGGAUAACAACGUGCCGUUGAUAUUUGGGCUGUUGACGCUGCUGAGCGACGAGCAGGGGUUGCAGAGGGCGGGGAUCGGAGGGGCGAGUGGUAAGGAGGGUCACAAUCACGGGGAGGAUUGGGGGAGUGCGGCGGUGGAGUUGGGGGUUAAGAGAAAGGGAUGGGUGGAGGGGAAAUAUGUUGAAUAGAGGACUGGGAGGAUACCACUGAGGACGGAAUAUGUCGCAAAUCAAUUGCAAUGUAGCAGGCUUUGCGAGAUGCACGCCGCACGCUUUCUUGAGUGCAUGUUCGUGCGUAGGAGCAGCGUCGCCAGAUCGGGCACCCCGAGAUCCUGUCCUCAUACACGCCUGGUAUCACUUGCGGG